UUGUUGUUGUUGUUGUUGUUGCAGUUGUCAUUCAUGUUGUUGUUGGUUCUGUCGAGAGUUGUAUGUCUUCAUAAUGUGUGUUUUAUCCCCGCAGACCUGGACAGACAGCCGACUGACGUGGACACCAGCCACAUACGGCGGGAUCCAAGACUUCUAUGAUACAGAGCUCGUCCUCUGGAGGCCUCAGAUCAUCGUGGACAACGAUGUGGCUAACCUGGGCAUCCUUGAAAGUGACAAGCUCCUCAUCCGGGCCGCCAGCACAGGCGCCAUGACCUGGGAGCCCCCUGGGAUCUUCGAGACCCACUGUGACGUAGACAUCACCUUCUACCCGUUCGACACCCAGAUCUGUAUCGUGGAGGUGACCAGCUGGGCCUAUACCGUCACCGAGGUGGAUCUACAGGCGCAAGACACUGAGAUCGACUUUAUGAUCAAGCUGCGUCGGAAACCUUCUUACUACGUCAACGUCAUUUUGAUCCCGGUCAUUGUGACGUCACUGCUGUGCAUCCUGGUCUUCCUCCUCCCGGCAGAGUCAGGAGAGAAGGUGGGCUACUCUCUGACCAUCUUGUUGACCUACACCGUCAUGUUGACCCUCGUGGCUAGCUACAUGCCGCCCACCAGCAAAUCUACCUCCGUUCUGAGUGUCUACUUGACCAUCAUCCUAUUCGUGGGCGUGUUCAGUACCUACCUCACCGUCAUGGUCCUCUACUGCCACCACAGAGAAGAAGACAAACCUAUCCCCCCUUGGCUCCUACGUCUCACGACUAGUUUCAUGAUCCCCAUUUCUUGCUGGAGACCCUCCGUGUCUUACGACAACAGCAACAGCAAAAACAACGGUGACAACAAAAAUAAAAUCCAUCCAGACGUCCAAUCUCCGAACGAUGAAUACGACGGUUUUCAUUCGAACGAGCGCUUCAACAGGACGAAAUCGGCCGUGCGAGUUGGUGAUUCGUAUGGCGUGGGCGAUAAAAGGUACUCCAGCAGCAAUAGAGGGAUCUCUGGCGUGAACCAUGAGGACAAAUCCAGACAUCAGGGCCGGCUGGUCAACGUGGAGAGCUACGACACCCCGGAGCUCAAGUGGACGGACAUUGCCGUGAUUCUGGACAAAGUUUGUUUCCGGAUCCUCGGCCUGUUUGUGGCGCUACUGACCCUGGUGGUUCUGCUGGUGCUCAUUAUUGGGGGGUACACGGCGUGAGGGGGUCAGGAGGUCAUCUGAUGACUAGUGGAGGGAAUGUAAGGGGGGAGGGUGUUACGUGGCACUUGGCGAUCGGUCGGUCAGUUCAAGGUCAAUGGAGGGUAAUGGGUUA